AUUUUCAAUUUGUUUUGGGUACAGUGCAGUGUCUGCUUCUGUUUCCUUUUCCUUUUCCCACCCAUUCAUGUUCAAGAACUAACUCAGAAGCUAACAAUGCAGAAGACCAUUCAACUCAAAUCCCAAUUUCUUCACCUGGAAAACAAUCUCAUCUUCAACCCAUUCCUUGAAACGACUAUUUCUCGUCAAAGUUUCAAUUGUUCAUCAAAAUCUCCAAUUUUUACACCUUCUGGUUUGUUUUCACAUAAAACCCAGAUCCAAAAAACAAUUAUUUGUGCAAGACAAAGCAAAAGGAGAUAUGGGUCUGAAAGACCAACGAAAUUCAUGCUUGAAUUGAUUUCAAUUUUGGCUUCAAAUCUCAAGAUCUUACCACAACCGUUGGAUCUGGUCGUCGAAAGUUUGGUUGGUGCAGAUGGAGGAGGACUCGAGUUUUUGAAUGGUCUUAAAGGAGGAAGCUUUACUGGAUGGAGAAGAAGAACAAGAAGAAGAAAUUGGAAGAAAAUUUUAGGAUUCUUGGGGUUUUUAGGGUUUUGUGUUCUGUUUUUGUUGUUUGGAAAAGAGUUAAGAAGUGAAUUGCUCUUUGGGGGUUUGGGUUUUGGCUUUUUCCUGGUUGCUUUGAUUAAGGAGUGGAGAAGAGGGCUUAAAGAUUGGAUUUUUGGGUUUUGUUGUGUAGGAGUUUUGGUAGGAUUGGGGUUAAGGGGAAAUGAAGCAAUGAAAUGGAUUAAAGAAACCAAGGUUUCUUCUUCUUCUUCAAUGGUGGAGACUGUAAGGAGAGGUAAAAGAAGAGGUAGAUGGGCAUUGUAAGAGGAAAGACUACCAUGCCAGAAUUGUUCAAUUGAGUUUUGCAAUUUUGUUAUUCCACAUUGAACUGUUUCUUCAUCAAUUUCUACACUGCUAUAGCAUUGUAUGAUAUCUUGAGAUGUGGCAAUGGUACUUGAAAUAUGAAACUCCAUCUGUUUUCUGGUCUACAGCAAGCUGUGUGAUUCU